GUAUAGAGUAUAGUAUAGUUUAAUGGUUUCUAUAGAGUUUUAAAAUAUAAUGUGGAGAACGAAUCUAAUUUGCUGAACGUUGAACCAAAGCCUGGAGUAAUAAAUAACUUUCUUAAAAAAUGAAACGACCCAUCGAGGCUGUCAUAGAAGAAGUAAUUACAGAGCCAUCGAAGGUCCAGCCGAUCAUUGUUAAUUUCCAAAAUGGUGAGCUUAAGGAUGACAAAGCCAAAAAGAUGUCGUGCGGUCUGUUCUACGACGAGAAGAAGAGAAACACGUGCUUGGCUCUGUCAAAUGGACAAGUUGUUUACAGAGGUUAUAAACCUGACACGAGCCAAGACUUGAUGCGUACCAUGCUCGUGCUUCACAAUAAAGAGACUGGAAAAGUUAGGCUGAUACAGGUUGAACGAUGGCAAGUGACUCCAGUGCUAGAGAAACCAGUGAUAGACAAUACAGACAUCAGUAUAGAUGACAAGAUCAGUACAUUAAACAAACAAUUUGGUUCGAAGAAAGUUAAACGAAGAACAGAACAGUAUGAGAAACUGAAAAUGAAUGUGGACUCUGUUAAAGAGCAACUAGAACAGACUGUAUCAAAUGUUGAAAUUGAUAGAACAGAUUUAUCAAUUCAAUUACCAGACAAUGAAUUCAUUACAAAUACAGCUUUACCCGAGUGUAAUAGAGAUGCAACUAAUGUAAAAGAUGUAUAUAAUGUAUAUGAUAUUAUACCAGAGAAUAAGUUGGAAAAUUUAUAUGAGAAAGCAACAGAAAUUUUAAACGAGGACUCCAGUAGUUUAGAAGGGAAAUCAAAAUUCUUUAGUCGGAUAUUGAAGAAUAUAAGGGUUGAUCCAGACAAUGUUAAAAAGACUUCGUUAUUAGUUUAUAUACAAGCAGUUGCGGCAUGGUUAAAUAUGCCGAUGAAAGAUGCUAAAAAGCGCGGCGUUGAAGUUUGUCCAGCUUCCGAAGAUGUGAAUUCAUAUAUAAUAAGCACGUACAGCGUUCAAAGUACUCACGGAAGGUUGAGACCGACCAGUGUAAAAGACAAAGGAGUAAUACACUGUAUGAUUUUGGGUUUGAUAGCUUGCAAUUUUGUACUCGAUUUAGAAUUAUUUUCCACGAUAUUUAGUCAGCGUAUGAGUUUGAAAAAAUUGACGGAUCUCGCCAGAAUCAUCGGUGCUUUACCCAGCAAAGAGGAUAAGAAAAUGAUUUCUCUGAAAGUCCCGUUGGCACCGCCAGUACCUAUCAUAAAAAAGGGAAAAAAGAAAUAGUUAUAAAAAGAGCGAAAUGUUUAAUCGGAUAUUGUUUUAUAAAUAAAAUAUUUUUAAACGAAUACACGUUAAAAGAACACUUAUUUUCAAAGACAAGAAAAAGUGUUUUCACACUAGAAACAAUGUUUAAAUAUCUAGAAGAGUAUCUCAU